AUGGCGCAAUAUGCCACAAGCAGGCCUCACCACAUAACGUCCGCUGCCCUCGCAAAUCUCAGGCAGGGCGAGAACGAGAAAUUAAGAAAAUUCAUGGAGCACUUUGCCAACGUCUCCAUCCAGAUUCGCAACCUCAAUCCCGAGGUCGCCCUGCACUCCAUGUUCAUAACAUUAAAGCCAGACCCAUUCGUUGACAGCCUCUGCCAACGACCUCCCACAGAUAUGGACAAGCUCCGUGCUCGUGCCGCUGGAUACAUCCAGAUGGAAGAACAUGCUGAAUUUCGCGAGCAAGUUUGCGGGAAACCACAGGGAAAGCAAGACCACGUUGGACAAGGUCACAAGGACAAGCUAAGGGCAAUGAAUGAAGCUCAACUUAAAAGACCUCGACAGAAUAAAGGGGGAAAGUAUGACUUAUACACCCCCUUGAACGUACCUCAGGUGCAUAUACUGGAGGAAGCUAGCAACACCGAAUUGAUCACCCUACCACUGCCAGGACACAACCCUAACCAUGCGGACAAGACAAAACAUUUCCACUAUCACAGGAACUACGACCAUACAAUUGAAGAAUGUCGGACACUCAAGCACUGA